GUUCAGAGAAUGCAGGAAUAAAGAACGGACUUAAAGAAUACUAAUUUGGUUAUGUCGGCGAAGUCUUCGAGUCCGAAGAAUUUCCAGUGUUAUCGUUAAAAGUUUUUUUGUAAAAUUGCAUAGUGCGAUAGCGGCUCAUUUCUUAGCACAGUUAAAAAUAUCUUUCGGAUAAUCAUGGUAGAGGAGAUCCAAAAGAAGCUUCAGAAUGAAGCCGACACGCUGCGGCAAAUCCAAAAAGAAUAUAACAAGGCGCUGAGCCAGAGGCAGCAACUAGAUGGUCAGCUGAAUGAAAAUAUCAUGGUGAAGAAAGAGCUAGAUAUUCUAAAGGAAGAAAACGAUGUAUUCAAGCUGAUAGGACCUGUGCUUGUGAAGCAGGAAUUAUGUGAGGCCAAACAGAAUGUUGACAAGCGUAUGGAUUACAUCAAGUCUGAAUUGAAACGUGUGGAUGACUUGAUGUCUACCCUAGACAAGAAGCUGGACUCGCAGAGGGAUGUAAUAGAUAAAUUGCAGCAAGCGUUUCAACAGGCCCAGAUUAAAACAUCGAUAAACCAAUCGAAAUCAUAAUAUUGUACAGAUUACGGCUUUGUGGAAUUAUUACACUUAUAUAAUUAAUAAUUAAUGCUUAAGUGACACUAUUAAUUAUAGUCUCUUCAUAAUUCAGUACAUGAAUGUCAUGUUUGUUUCAUUUAUUUAUACUAGACAAUUAUUAAUACAAAUCUUGGCUA